AUAAACAGCGCCGCUAUCAUCAAUUAUGCUGAAAAGCCAGCAAUAAUGGGUGGGGCAUUUAUGAAAUAUCUCCAACAACUACAUGGGCAUAUUUGUCUCAAUAAUUUAUGCCACCUCAGACCUCUUCCUUCCUCACUUUUCCUUUUCCUUUUCGACAAGAAGACUCCAUUACAGUCAGCCAUGGUUGCACCCUCCAACCCCUUACAGGGAUAGUAGUGUUCUUAUUGUUCACCAAAUUGCUUGUUUCAGGAACCAGGAUGGUUACUGGAUUUCGAUGUAGGAAUGUAUUGGAGAGUAGAAGGGCUAUAUGGUUUGCUGCAUUGGCUUUUGCCACGGUCGUAUUGAUUCAGAUUAUCGGUCAUCCAUUUGGUUAUAUCGGCAGCUUCCAAAUGCAAAGUUCAACUCGUAAUUCCAGUGUGUCGGGGAACCUUACACAUAUAAGGGAGGUUUGGAACACCACUGGCUCUAAUGUGACCAAUUAUAUAACUAGCGUAACUGACCCCUCUCGUGGAAAGGAUGGAGACGUUAAAGAGUUUUCUGAGUCGGAUGAUAUUGACCCCGAGGAUGAACUUCCAUCCAAGGAUUUUGAUUUGGGUAACAAUUCACAGGUGGCUGUUUCGGGAAGAAAUGAUAGCUUUGAACCAGAGACGAUAUCCAAUAUCCCGGGAUCAAAUAUGAGGCCCGAAAAUACUUCUUCACCAGAUGGAAACACGGGAAGUUAUAUCGAUCCAGCAUUGGAGAAAAACGGGACCAUGGACACGAGUCCUGCUAUUCCCUUUGUUGUGUCUCUGCCAUUAAUUCUACCUCCACCGUUGACACCCCGUGGUGAUGUGAACGCAAAUUCGAAAGCUCCUGCAACGUCUCCCGAUCAAAAUAAAGAUUCUACACUCGAGAACAAUGAAGGCACUCCUUCUACAGUCAAUCGUUCUCCCAUUCCAGCCGAGAAGGAUAGGUCUGAUAGGAAGGCGGAUCGUGUAGUGUCAAUAGCUGAAAUGAAUGUUUUGUUACAACAAAGUCGCACUUCGUUUCGCUCAGUGAAACCACGGUGGUCAUCACCAACAGAUCAAGACAUCCUAAAUGCAAAAGCUCGGAUUGAAGAUGCACCUCUAGUAGGCGAUGCUCCUGGCUUAUAUGCUCCUCUAUAUAGAAAUUUAUCCAUGUUUAUAAGGAGCUAUGAAUUGAUGGAGCAGACUCUCAAGGUCUACGUUUAUGCUGAAGGGAAAAGACCGAUAUUCCACACGCCUGUUCUUAAAGGAAUAUACGCUUCCGAGGGCUGGUUCAUGAAGGUGCUGAAAUCGAGCAAACAAUUUGUGACGAAAAAUCCAAAGAAGGCUCACCUAUUUUACUUACCGUUUAGUUCCCGAAUGUUGGAGGAGACUUUAUAUGUUCCCGAUUCUCACAAUCGUAAACCGCUUGUCAAAUGCUUGAGUGAUUACCUUAAUGUGCUCAUUCGAAAGCACGAUUUUUGGAACCGAACUAUUGGAGCCGACCAUUUUCUUGUUGCCUGCCAUGACUGGGCCCCUUCGGAGACGAAGCGACUAAUGGCGAAUUGCAUCAGAGCUUUGUGCAAUGCGGAUGCGUCGAAAGAAGGUUUCCAGUUCGGGAAAGAUGCAUCUCUUCCCGAAACGUAUGUGAAAUCGCCAAAGAAACCCCUUAGAGGAAUCGGUGGGAAAUCACUUUCCAGGCGACAUAACCUCGCCUUCUUCGCGGGGAACAUGCACGGUUAUCUCCGCCCUAUUCUGCUCCAACACUGGGAGAACAAAGAUCCCGAGAUGAAAAUCUUUGGUCACGUGGACACAGCGGCCUACGUCGACUACAUGAAGAGCAGCAAGUACUGCAUUUGUGCAAAGGGGUACGAAGUCAACAGCCCCCGCGUGGUGGAGGCCCUCUCCUACGAGUGCGUUCCCGUGAUCAUAUCAGAUAACUUCGUGCCCCCGUUUUUCGAGACGCUGAAUUGGGAGUCCUUCACUGUUUUUGUCCCGGAGAAGGAUAUUCCGGACUUGAAGAACAUCCUCAAAUCUAUCCCCGACAGAAGAUUUCGGGAGAUGCAGCGAAGGGUUAAGCUCGUGCAACAGCAUUUCCUAUGGCAUAUGAAACCCGUGAAAUAUGACGCCUUCCACAUGAUACUGCAUUCGGUGUGGCACAACAGAGUUUUCGGGAUAAGAACCGGAUGAUAAAUGUCAUAUAUAUACAUGUGUUGUAUAUCCUGUGCAUAAGAAUUGUCUGUAGAGAAUGUUGUAGAUUAUCUUUUUCCUGGAAAAGAAUGUUGUAGAUUAUCUUUUAGAGAGGAUCUGAUUUGUUUUCUGUACAAAGAUAAUGUGGUAUAUAGUUGUUUUUUGGUGAUUCA